CUCUCUCCUAUCCCGUCUUCCUCUUGGUAAAACAGAAUCAAUCUUGAAAAGAGAAUUCCAUCUCUCCAUCUCUUCCCCCUCUUCACCCUGUGUGGGUUAACUUACCGGAUACAUAGCAGUCCACUCCUCCUCUGUCUUCUCUCGUUCUUCGAAAGCUUCAAUCUCAUCCCUUGUUAUUUGCUAUUUUUAUGUAGGCAGCUCUUUUUCCCAGCUCUUCCUCCCUGCCACCACUUGCCUUUCUCUCUUUCCUUCACUUUUUCUUUUUUGUCGUGACCAGCGACAGGUUCAGAGCGAUAGCAGGCUGCCUAUCAAAGGAGGAGAGAUAAAGAGAGGGGGAGAGGAAGAGGAGAAGCCUGCUCUUUGAUCAAGUCUGUCAGCCCAAACAACCACAAAUACAGGCAGCAUGUCUACUCCCGUGUCCCCGUCCCCCUCCCUCUCCCCCCUGACCCUGGCUUCCCCCGUGGCCACUCCCUCUCCCCUGCCCUCCCCCCUUUCCCCCCCUCCCAGGGUGCCAGUGUUCCAGAGGAAGGGGGCGCUGAAACACAAGAGGAUCAUCGAGGUCAAGGACCACCAGUUCACCGCUCGCUUCUUCAAACAGCCCACCUUCUGCAGCCACUGCACUGACUUCAUCUGGGGAAUUGGAAAGCAGGGAUUUCAAUGUCAAGUGUGCAGUUUCUCUGUCCACAAGCGAUGUCACGAGUAUGUAACGUUCACCUGUCCUGGAGCCCCCACUGCUCCUACAGAAGACUUGAAGAGUAAACACAGAUUUAGACCUCAGACCUACACUUCUCCAACGUUCUGUGAUCACUGUGGUUCUCUGCUCUAUGGCCUUAUCCAACAGGGCAUGAAAUGCUCCUGUUGUGAGAUGAAUGUCCACAAGCGUUGUGAGAGCCUGGUGCCCAGCCUGUGUGGUCAAGAUCAUACAGAGAAGAGAGGCAGGAUCCAUCUGACCGUCCGGGGAGAGAACGAGGACAUCUUCAUCACAGUGCGGGAGGCUCGUAACCUGAUCCCGAUGGACCCCAACGGUCUGUCUGACCCCUACGUGAAGCUCAAGCUAAUCCCUGACCCCAAGAGCCAGAGCAAACAGAAGACCAAGACUAUCCGCUCCACACUCAACCCCGUCUGGAACGAGAGCUUCACCUUCUCGGUGCGUGGGCGGCAGUGGGACCGUCGUCUGUCGGUGGAGGUGUGGGAUUGGGAUCGUACGUCUCGGAAUGACUUCAUGGGAUCGCUGUCGUUCGGAGUGAGCGAGAUAUUCCGUCACUCAGUCAGCGGCUGGUUCAAACUGCUGGAUCAGGAUGAGGGAGAGUACUACAACAUGCCUGUCCCUGACGAAAAUGAGCCUAGUGGUCUAGAUGCUAUUCCCCCCUCCCUUCUCCCCCCCUCCCUGAGGCCUACCCCUGUGUCUGUGUCUGUCCCUGUCCCGGUGUCUGUCCUGUCCCCCUCAGCCCCGUCAGUCCCCUGUCUGGCCAACCUACCUGCAGGACCGGUCAAGCCCAGGGUUUGCCUCCAGGACUUCAACUUCCUCAUGGUGCUAGGAAAAGGCAGCUUCGGAAAGGUACUGCUGGCUGAGGAGAGAGGGAGUGAGCGGCUGUUUGCGGUGAAGGUGUUGAAGAAGGAUGUGCUGUUCCAGGACGAGGACACAGAGAGUGCCAUGGUGGAGAGGAGGGUUCUGGGACUGGCCAACCGCCCCCACUUCCUCACAGCACUCUACUCAGCCUUCCAGACAGAGGACCGUCUCUACUAUGUGAUGGAGUAUGUCAACGGAGGAGACCUCAUGUUUCACAUCCAGAUAGUUGGCAAGUUCAAAGAGCCUCACGCAGCGUUCUAUGCAGCAGAGAUAGCCAUAGGCCUCUUCUUCCUCCAUACUAAAGGAAUCAUCUACAGGGAUCUGAAGCUGGAUAAUGUGUUGCUGGACAGUGAGGGUCAUAUAAAGAUAGCUGAUUUUGGGAUGUGUAGGGAGGGCAUGUUUGAAGGUGACACUACACGUACCUUCUGUGGGACCCCAGACUACAUCGCACCAGAGAUUGUAGCCUACCAGUCCUAUGGUAAGGCUGUUGACUGGUGGUCGUAUGGGGUGCUGCUCUAUGAGAUGUUGGCUGGACAGCCUCCCUUUGAUGGUAUUGAUGAGGAGGAGUUGUUUCAGUCCAUCAUGGAGCAGAGUGUCACCUAUCCCAAGAGUCUGUCCCGUGAGGCCGUCACCAUCUGCAAGGGGCUCCUGACCAAGCACCCAGCGAAGCGACUGGGCGGAGGGGAGGAGGGGGAGAAAGAGAUACGGGAGCAUCCCUUCUUCCGUUGGAUGGACUGGGACCGACUGGAGAGAAUGGAGAUACAACCUCCCUUCAAACCCAGAACUGGUGGGAAGAAAGGGGAGAACUUUGACAAGUUCUUCACGGCGGCUCCGUCCGUGCUGACACCCUCUGACCCUGACGUUCUGGCGGCCAUUGACCAGGAAGACUUCCUGGGCUUCUCCUUCAUUAACCCUGAGCUCGCCCCCCCGACCCUCACUGCCAUCUGAGGGGGGGCAGCUCUGUCUCUCUCCACCCACACUUUUUUGAAGGGCACAACUCUGUUUCGCUCUACUCCCCUCUCUUCGGAGGGGGCAGCUCUCUGUAUUUGUAUCCUGUUCUCUUGGUCUGAAGGGAGCAGCUCUGUCUCUCUCUAUCCCCUCUCUGUCUGAGGGGGAGGGAGAGCUCCUCCCACAUUCCCCUCACAGCCUAACAGUCAUUUUCUAAAGAAAAUAAGUUCAAAACAGAGAAUAGCACACAAUUUAAACACAAACAAUCAGUAUACACAACCUACAGAUAACUCUCCGUCUCUGCUAUACUCUAGAGCCUGGGUUCGUGGCUUAUUUUUCAGAGGGAAAUCUGGGUGAUACAGGGAUGAAUGGCAGAUUAGCGGUAAAAGUCAAAUAACACAUUUAGUUGAUGCAAUGCAUACAAAACAACAUUACUUUUAUUUAAAGUUGAUGCAGUUAUUAGCAAAAAGAUACUGUAAGAUGACACUGAAUUUGACUCUUAAAUCUAUAGUGAUUUUAAGGUAAAUGUAUUUUAUGACAUGGUAUCAUGCUAUUGUAGUAUCAAUAUCAGAUGUAUUACAUAGAAAUACAGUUAGAGCUGUCUAUAUGCCAAAUGUAUAAUCUAUUACUUAUGAAAUGAAUUAGCUCUGAUAUUAUGUAAAGCAGUAUUUCUUGUGUUAUGUAAUGUCAUAUUGUGUUCUACUACAUUGUUCUAUUAUACUAUUACCAAAAACUG